CCCACCACUAAACACUAAGAACUGUACUCGCGUUUUCUAUUCAUAUAGCCAAUUGAAUAAUGCGCCGAAUGUCACGUGUUAGAGACGUUCUCUGCGGCUUAGCGUUACUUCUUCGUGACGUCACCCGAGGCGACUUCCAAAAUGUACUCGGCUUGUUGGACGCUGAGAGCUUGUAGUGGAAGAAGCUGGUGUCAAGGGCGAAGACUUCUUAUUGAGCAAAGAAAUGGGUUCAAAAAAGGCCCCAAGAAACCAGAGAGAGGAGACCCUGGAGCCCACGGUGUUCCAGAGACUAUGAAAAGCAGUUUUACAUCUCCUAUGGCAGAAGCUAUGUCCCCUGCACGUUCCCAUAUAAUGAGACAACUCUACAAGCCAUUCCUCUUCACUUUGGGGUUUUCAGGAUGCUCGUUUGGAGUUGCCGCCAUUUGGCAGUACGAAACACUAAAAUCUCGGAUGAAGAGUUAUUUGGAUGAUAUUCAGGCUGAUUGGUUGGGAAAAUUACGACCCCCAAAACAUGGAGUCUUCAGGAAACAAGUAAAUGAGUGGUGGAAUAGUCUGAGUGAGGGCCAGAAGACUGUGUCAGGUAUAAUUGCACUGAAUGGCUUGGUGUUCUGCCUUUGGCGAGUGCCUUCACUCCAACGGACAAUGAUUCGAUAUUUCACAUCAAACCCUGCAUCACAUUCUCUCUGCCUUCCCAUGGUUUUGUCUACAUUCAGCCACUUUUCUCUGUUCCACAUGGCAGCCAAUAUGUAUGUGCUAUGGAGCUUUUCCACCAGUAUUGUUUCAAUACUUGGCAAGGAACAGUUUUUGGCAGUUUACUUGUCAGCUGGGACAGUGUCAACAUUUGUCAGUUAUGUUUCCAAGAUUGCAACAGGACGCUUUGGUCCUUCUCUGGGAGCUUCUGGAGCAAUUAUGACCAUUCUUGCUGCAGUGUGCACCAAAAUGCCUGAAGCCAAACUCGCCAUUAUCUUCCUACCCAUGUUUACAUUCACUGCUGGAAAUGCUCUCAAGGCUAUCAUGGCUAUUGAUGCAGCUGGUCUGAUCAUGGGAUGGAAAUUUUUUGAUCAUGCAGCUCAUCUUGGUGGGGCUCUUUUUGGAGUCUGGUACGCUGUGUAUGGCAAUGAACUUAUUUGGAGGAAGAGGGAACCACUUGUAAAAAUGUGGCAUGAAUUUCGGAAUGGUCCUCCAAGGAGUGGAGCAUCCUGACGCCUAUAUAUGUUAUUUUAAGUCUAUGAGAUGCAGCUUUAGUUUUGAAACGCUUAAUUAAUUUUAAUUAAAUAAAACACAGGGCACUCUGUGUGUGUGUA